GAGAGGCCCAGCCAUUCGGGUAUUUCAAAGUCCUCCAUGCCGACUCCUCUUCCCCAUGUCUUCCAUGGCCGAACCCCCCAAGAAAACUCCCAAAACCAGUCGUUUUCUAGGUUGUUUCGGGUUUUCCGGCAUGAAAAACCGGCCGGAAAAGCCCAUCAAAACCGGUAACCGGAACAAGACACGGUCGCCGUCUUGCCCGAUGCUUUGUUUUACCGGAAGGAAGUCCCGUACCAAAACUGUGCCCUUCGAUAACUCCGACAACAAGACAGUCUCCGGCGGCGAAAGCUGUACGCCGUCGAAGCUGAUAAAGAAGAAGACCCCUUCGCGGCAAAAUUCCAAAGCUGAUCAACAACAAACGGCGUCGCUUACAGAGGGACCUAAACCGAAUAUUCCCAUCGAGAACAGGAAAAAUUCAAACCUGAUGAGAACCGGUUCAAGUCUUCCGGGUUCACCGACCGUUAAGUCGAAUCCAAACCAGCAAACACAACCCAAGUUAUCCUACACGGUUUCGUUACCAGUCCUCGACCGCGGAAAACGGGCGGAGAAUCCCCGGAUUCAUGAUCGGGUCAACUCGAAGCAAAUCAAACGGAAGAACAAUGAUGUGGUUAAAAAAUUCGACCCCGUCACGGGUUUGUCUAUCAUUAUGGUGACACUGGUAAUAAUGUUACUUUGGGGUCGUUUAUGUGCAGUUCUUUGUACCUCAGCUUGGUUUUAUUUUCACUAUCGAACCGCGGUUAACGAUAACAGUAUAAAAAUUGAAUCGGAUUCGAAUAUUUCGGAUUUGGACUCGGAAGAAUACAAGAAGAGAAUCGUGCUAGAAGGAUUGUUAGAGAGGAAUCAUAAGAUUACACUAUGAAUUUUUUUUAAAAAUAAUUUCUAUUUUUUACCUUUUUUUCAUGUCUGAUGCGCACGCUAGAUGUAACUACAUAUGUUUUGCUAAAGUGAGCCGGUUUGGGCCUUUUGUGUAAAAUUAGCAAUGGAAAAAAAGGGGUCAAUGUCUUCUA